AUGCAUUAAGGGUCUUUCAUUUUGAAUAAUCAAAAAUAUGCAGAUUUAAAUAUCUUUAGAAAGGAUGUUAGAGAAAAGUUUACUUCUAAAUUUGACAAUUAAAAAACUGUCCUUCAAAAAGCAAAGGAAUAAUAAUGGAAUCCUCUUCAAUCCAAUUUCAGAAAUAGUUAAUCACCUAAUGCAUAAAAAAAUUCAUAAUAAUAAUCUCCAAUAAAAAUUAAAUAAUACUCUAAGCAUUCCCCUGGUAGAUUAUCUUUUCAAAGAUCAAAUAUUAAUAUAGGUAAUGUUAAUUCUAGGUAUAUAAAAUGAAUUAAUAUAUUUAAGUUUGAAUAUACCAAAAAAAACUCUUAAUGAAAUAGUGGCUGUAGAAAAAAUAUAAGAUUUAGCAAGAGCUUUAAAAGGAUAAAGCUAUUCAUCUACAGAUUAAUAUAUGCAAGAAUUAAGAAAGUUAUCAAAAAUGAUUCUAAAUGAAUGA